UUGAGAAGGUGUGCAUGUUCACAACAUAUCAGUUUGUCUCUCAAAUAUAAAGAGAUUGUAAGAAAGUCAAAAGGAUGGCAUUGCAAAAUGGUGAGCUAUCUAAAGAGCUACUUGAUUCUCAAGCUCACAUAUGGAACCAUAUUUUCAGCUUUAUAAACUCCAUGUCACUUAAGUGUGCAAUUCAGCUACAAAUACCUGAUAUUAUCCAUCGCCAUGGUGCACCAAUGCUGCUUUCCGAGUUAGUCAAAGCCCUCGCCAUAAACCAGCAGAGAACUCCAUUUGUCUAUCGGCUUAUGCGCAUCCUUGUUCACUCUGAUUUCUUUGUGAAACAAAGUGUAUCAACACCCGUAGGCAAUGAUGAGGAGGGAGGAGAAGGCUAUUUGCUAACUCCUGCUUCUCGAUUGCUACUAAAGGAAGAGCCAUUAAGUGUUAGGCCCCUUUUGCUAGCCAUGUUGGAUCCAAUGUUGAUGGAUCCAUGGCAACACUUGAGCAAAUGGUUCCAAAACGACGAUGUCACCCCCUUUCACACAACCCAUGGGAGGAUGUUUUGGGAUCUGGCAGGCCAAGAGCCGAAGCUUAAUCAGUUCUUUAAUGAAGGGAUGGCUAGCGAUGCAAGGCUUGUCACAAGUGUCAUUCUUAAAGAUUGUGGGGGUAUUUUUGAAGGGUUAGAUUCAAUUGUUGAUGUUGGGGGUGGUAGUGGGACUGUUGCUGAAGCUAUUGCCAAAGCAUUUCCCAAUAUUAGGUGCAUCAGUUUUGAUCUUCCUCAUGUAGUUGAUGGUUUGGUUGGGAGUAAGAACUUAAGUUUUGUUGGUGGAGACAUGUUUGAAGUCAUUCCGAGAGCCGAUGCUGUUUUGCUUAAGUGGAUUCUACACGACUGGAGUGAUGAAGAAUGCAUGAAAAUACUGAAGCAAUGCAGAAAAGCAAUUCCGAGCAAGGAAAAUGGAGGAAAACUGAUUAUCAUGGACAUGGUCGUGAAGGUUUACAAAGGACAUAAUGAAUUACUCGAGACUCAGUAUUUCUUUGAUAUGCUUAUGAUGACCUUGGUGACAGGCAGAGAAAGGAGUGAGAAAGAUUGGGCAAAGCUCUUCUUUGAUGCUGGCUUUGCCGAUUACAAAAUAACUCCGAUUUUAGGGCUAAGAUCUCUCAUUGAAGUUUAUCCAUAGUUAAGUUACAUUGCUAACUAUACAACAUAAUUUCUGAUCAUGAAAAUAUGUAACCUAUUAGCAUGUUCUUGUCUUUCUAUCCGCGUUGUCGUGUUCUUCGUCAUUUUAGUUUCAUGAAAAUAAAUGUUCUUGUAUGUGAUUCUUUUGUAUCAAUUCUUGAGGAUAUGUGAAGUAUGGGUGCGCUAAAGGCCUCAAAGUUUUA